AUGGAUUCAAAUUAUCAAACAAAUUUUAAUGCACCUCAUUUCAUAUCAUCAUUAUCAACCCCUAUGUCUGCAACAUCAACAAUCGCUCAAACUCCAACUACAGCACAAUCAAUGAUGAACUAUGCUCGCAUGCCACAUCGUUAUACAACUACUACAUUACUUUCUUUACGACCACCAAUGGAAAUAACAAUAUUUCCUGAUCAUCUUGUUGAACGACGUUUUCUUGAUGAAGAAAAUUAUAUUGAUCUUGAUCGAAUGUUAGGAGAAAAAGCUGGUAAAUUUGAUUUGGAAUCAUACAAUAUGACUGAAGGUCCAAUCAUAAUGCCAAGUAGAAUACAUAAAUAUGAUUUUUCUGAUCCAACUGUUAUUGAAAAAGUAAAAAAUCGUCGUCCAAAAGAUCCAUUAACACCUCAACAAGUAGCUGCUCUAACAUCAGUUGCAACACGUCAUCAAUCAUCAACAUUAUUAUUUCCUUAUCAAACACAACCAUCACAUGUUUGGAUUGAUGAUUAUAGUCAUCAACAAGUACAAUUAAAUUCAUCUCGACAUCAUUUUCCACCACAACCUUCAAUGCCUUAUCAAAGACAAAAUCCUAAUCAAUGUGAAAUAUACACAAAUCAAAUCAAAUCUCUUUUACCAACCUAUCAAACAAUUCCAGAAGACAAACCGGAUGAAACAAAUACAAUUCCAAUUUUACAACGCUUAUUUCAGGCUCAACAUAUACAACAAAAUGAACAACGUAAAAUUGAUCCAUUUCACAUACCUGAUAUUUCUGCUCAUCAACAAGGUGGUUUAUCUGCAUUUUGUACUCCAGCAACACCGGCAAAACCAAAUUCAAAUAAAACAUUUGAAUGGCUUUGUACACCUGAUCAAAGUCAAAAAAAUGUAUUGGCUCAACUACUUAAAUGUUCAACAACAAUGGAAACACCUGGUACACCAAGUUUUGAUAUUCAUCGAAUGAAUAAGGCUGCUCAAAUGAAUAAAGAAGAUGAUGAUGCACAAAAUUUUUAUUCGGCUCCACCAUCACCUGCUACUCAACAACAUGAUAGUUCAUUAUCACUUUUUUCGACAGUAUUACAAAGUCAAUCAUUAGAAAAUUGGUUUGGUAGUUCUAUAUAUACAAAAGCUUAUCCACGUAUGCCAUUGGAUCGUGUUUUAUCAGCAUGUGAUCUCGAACAGUGA